AUGACCGGAUCUGCUAAGAAGAAGAAAGAAAUAAAGCAGAAGCCCAAGGACAUUGAUGUAAGCAACGCUGCCAUACCAAAGCAGAAGAAACCAAAAGGGAAGGGAAAGAAGGUGUCAACAGUAGAAGAGAAGGAUGAUGAUAUCAUUGAGGUGGAGGAUGGGAAGCCCAGCGGCAAGGCCAAGGCCGACAGCAUCCCUUGGGAGAAGAACCCGGCCUGGAUAGCCAAAGCCAUUGAAUUCCUUACCAACAAUCCCCAUUUCCGUGUCAAACUGUACAGUGAUUCCACAAGCAACGCCACCACUCAGGGUCGUGCAAAGCUCCAGGGCAAGACAACGAAGCUCCAGAUGUAUGAGACAAUGAUGGAUUAUGUUGCGGGGGUCAAAUCGGCAGAGGAGAUGAAGGAGGAGGCGGCCAGUGCUGGGAGCAAGGACAGAGGAGGAGACAAUGUGGCUGCAGAAACUAAGUCAGAUGGAGAUGGCAAAGAUAGGAAGAACAUCGGUGUGUUGGGACCCAAAUGGACUGCACUAUACCUCGCAGAUCGCGAACGAUUGAAGAUUUACGGAACACACGUCAAGACACUGUAUUCGACUAGUGGCGGACUCUUGCCCGAGGAUGAUCAGGCCAAUCUCAUUGCAAAUAUCCAGGAGAAAUUUGUGCAUUGGGACAAGCUACAUGCAUUCUGGCAAGAGCUUCCAAACUACAAUCCCAUCGUAGUCACCAAUGCAAAGUCGGGUGGCGAUCAUGCAAAACGAGCUGGGAAUCUCUUCGGGAUGGAGGCUGAAGAGUCAGUGGACAUAGAAGAGAUGUCGGAAUGGAAGGAACAUGGCCUCAACACGCCCUCGUCAAUGUGUGCAAUGUCUGAAGGUUCAUCAGAAGCAGCGAUGGAUGUGGAGGAAGAGGAGGAGGAUGUUGAUGAGAAGUUGAAGCCCGCGGUUCAAGAUAGCACUAUUAACAAGAAGCCCAAGAUCAAGGCUGAGUUGUCAGCAAAGGCCAAGAAGCGUCAGGGUGCAUUCAACCUUGACACUCUUGAUGAGAGCUACCAGCAAGAUAUUGCAGAAUCCUCAAGACGAGCCAACAAGCACCUUGCUCUUGAGCUUCAGAAGGAAGAGAACAAACGCCGCAAGCUUGACAAUGAUUGCCAGCGACUCAAGAUGGAACGAGAAGGCAUGCAGGCCCAGAUGCGACAGAAUCAGAUGGUGAUGGGGAUGACGCAGCAGAUGAUGGGCAUCCACAGAAACGUUGGGAUGGGAGCGCCAAUGCAAGGAUUAAUGAGCGGAGGGAACUUCGGACACCAGCAGAAUGACCAGUAUCAUGAUGAUGAUCUGUCAAGCAUCUCAAGUGGUGGGACAUCGGGCUUUGACUUCAGCGGGAUGAGUAAAAGCCUAUCAACCAUGGUUUCUACAAUUAGGGACACCACUAGCAAAAAGUGCCUCCUUCACCCUCCUCCUCCUUGCCUGCCCAGCUGUCUCGCGCCCUCCUCUGCCAUGUCUUGUUGGAGCAGGUUCUACAUCAUCUCUAUUGUUCUCGUCAUCCGCCGUGCCAUCCCUGAUAAGCUCCUCCUCCCAUUCCUCAUCACGCAUGUUGUUCUCCGAUUCAAGGUCAUGAAUGAGGUGAUUGGAAACGACCCUUCAGGAAACCCACAGCAUGUUCAGAUCAAAUCCGAACAUGGGAGACCCAGUAAUUGA